CCGAUGUGGCAGAGGGGCUUCUGCCGCCGCUGACAGGGAGGCGGAGGGCCAGCGAGCCCGGUGCUGGAGACACAGCCGCCAUCCUCUUCGGCAGCCCGGCUGCCCUCCUAGACACGUUCCUCGCCUGCAGAUCCUCCCCUCCUCCCCGCUCUUGCAAGCACCCGGCUCAGCGCCUGCCGACCCUCCUUCCCACAGGCUCCCAGCGAAGGCAGGAGCGAGGUGUCCGAUUUGGGCACGUGAGGCCCGUGGUCCCGGGCGGUGGACACCAGGCAGGCCAAGGCCAUUGGCUCAAUGAAGACCCCCAGCGCACAGGAGGUGGAAGGGCAACAAGCCAGGGCACCUGCACCUGCGGGACGGGCCACCGGGACUGCAAACAUGACGAAGAAAAAAACUUGCCAAAAGAAACAGAGGGGCAGACCUUCGUCCCAGCCCCGCAGGAACAUCGUGGGCUGCAGAAUUUCACAUGGGUGGAAGGAAGGUGAUGAACCCAUCACCCAGUGGAAAGGAACCGUUCUGGACCAGGUGCCUAUAAAUCCGUCCCUUUACCUGGUGAAAUACGAUGGAAUUGACUGUGUCUAUGGACUGGAACUUCACAGAGAUGAAAGAGUUUUGUCCCUUAAGAUCCUUUCUGACAGGGUGGCAUCACCUCAAGUCAGCGAUGCAAACCUUGCAAAUACCAUAAUUGGUAAAGCUGUGGAACAUAUGUUUGAGGGAGAGCAUGGUUCCAAGGAUGAGUGGAGGGGGAUGGUCUUAGCCCAAGCACCAAUCAUGAAAGCCUGGUUUUACAUC